UACUCAAAUUGAACGGACUAGUUCCGUUUCGGAUUAAUUCACAACGAGGAAUUGUGGAAAAGACGAAUGGAUCGUUUUAUUAUUUUGUCAUCUUUGGAGCCUUUCUUCAGGCAGUUACAAUUAUCGCCACCAUAACUAUAUUCGUUGUAUUGUCACAAUUCUCCAAUGAAAACAUGAGAGUGGUUGUGGUAAAGAUGGAAAUUGGUGCUCAGGUUUUCAAAACAUUGAUGAUUUUUGCGUUAAAUGUGUUGUAUCACAAAGACAUCAUUCAGUUAAUCAAUGAUUCGAUUUCAUUUAAAGACGUUACAGCGACGUCUCAGUCAUUUUUCGAUGACACAUUAACCAGCCAGUACACCAUAAGAUUUGUUUCUUUUUUCGUUCAAUUCAUUAUCAUGUCGGCAACAUUUGUUAUAUCCGUCUAUCAACCUGACAACGAUGUGAACAACGUAAUUUGGUUUGUAGCCAUGUACAACAAUUUUAAUGUUGCAAUAGUUUCGUCGACCUUCGUCUAUGGCGGUCUAGUCACAUGUGCACGAUUUCUGCGAAUAUUGAACAAUAAUUUCGAAAUAUGCGUUUCGUCGAUGAAAAACGGCCAGAACGUGGAUGGGACAGCAAUUUCAAUCAAUACGGCAAUUUUCGAUUUAGAACGUUUCGGUAUUUUCUUCGGCAAAUUCACUUCGAUUACGAAUAAAUUGUACCACAUCUACGGAAUUCAUAUAUUGAUAGCACUAGCUGUGUCGACGGCUUUCACUUUGUCGGAGCUCUUCAUCAGCUUUGAUCUCAUAUAUCGAAAGCCAUUUUUGACGCAGACAUUUAAAGAGACCAUCAAUGAUAUCGCAGAUACGAUUUCAACCAUAGCCGUUAACGCAUCGGAAUUAUAUUUCAUAUUAACGGGUGCUCAUUCUAUUAAAAAAGAGGAUUUUCCAAAGUAG